CAGUAUGAACACAUGAAAUAAAGAUGAUGCAGAAGAAGAAAGUGGGUUUGGACUUGAAAAGGACGAGGAAGAGCAACCAAAAAGAUUCAGAGAUGAUUUCGAUUGAAGAAAAGGAGAUGGAGAAAUCAAAAAUCGAGAUCAAUUAGUGAAAGGAAAUGAUCAUAUAACAAGGGUUACCUCCAGACAGAUACUGCCCCGCCUCUUAAAAACAUUUGCGACUGAUCAUAGUAAUAGUCAACAGUAACUACUUUCCUCGACAAGUGCACGUUUGGGAAACAAACAAAACAACAUUUGUUGUGCAAAUACUUCCUCUACGUGGUGGAACUCAAGCCGCACACGUCACAGUAAUGUCACAUACAUACAUGAGAAAUCUGUAUCGAGAAGAGUAGUGUAACAUCUGCAUUAAUUUGUGUUGUUGAUAAAUGGCUUCUCUUCUUCCACAUCAUUCACCUGCUCCUACUGAUUAUGAAACUAAACCUAAUUCAUCAAGAGUUGAAGCCACUGCACUGGAGAUAGAAGAAUGCAGUGGUCCGAAAGCAAAAGGGAGCAGAAGAGGAGAAAGUUCUGGUUGGAGAGAAGAGGAAGGUAUGUGCUUGACAUGGAAAAAUGUAUGGGUCACUGCUUCUGUGGGAAAGAAUGGAAGCAAAUCAAUUCUGCAGGGUUUGACUGGUUAUGCCAAACCAGGGCAACUUUUGGCCAUAAUGGGUCCUUCUGGUUGUGGAAAGUCCACACUCCUUGAUGCUUUAGCAGGGAGAUUAGGUUCCGACACAAGGCAAACUGGGGAGAUUCUUAUCAAUGGGAAGAAACAAGCACUGGCAUAUGGAACAUCAGCAUAUGUGACACAAGAUGAUACCUUGUUGACAACCUUAACGGUUGGAGAAGCUGUUCACUAUUCAGCUCAACUCCAGUUACCUGACACCAUGUCAAAACAAGAGAAGAAAGAUAGAGCAGAUUUUACAAUCAGAGAAAUGGGUCUUCAAGAUGCCAUUAACACAAGAAUUGGAGGAUUGUUUGUUAAAGGAAUAAGCGGGGGUCAGAAAAGGAGAGUGAGUAUUUGCAUUGAGAUUCUUACACGACCAGGGCUUCUCUUCCUUGAUGAACCAACUAGUGGACUUGAUAGUGCAGCUUCCUAUUAUGUCAUGAAAAGAAUCGCUACACUUGAUAAAAGAGAUGAUAUUCAAAGAACUAUUAUUGCCUCAAUCCACCAACCUAGUACUGAAGUUUUUCAACUUUUCGACAACCUUUGUCUUCUAUCUUCAGGUAGAACUGUCUACUUUGGACCUGCUUCUGCUGCAAGUGAGUUUUUCGCUUCAAAUGGUUUUCCUUGUCCUUCUCUCAUGAAUCCAUCAGAUCAUAUGCUGAAAACCAUAAACAAGGAUUUCGAACAGGACACUGAGUUAGGAGGGAAUGAAGCAAUACCCACCAAAGAAGUGAUUGAGAUCCUUGUAAAUUCGUACAAGUCAUCUGAAAUGAACCAAGAAGUUGAGAAAGAAGUAGCAGCACUAGCUGAAAAGGACACCAGUUCAACAAACAAGAAGAGAAAGCAUGCUGGCUUUAUUAAUCAGUGCUUUUCUCUUACCAAAAGAUCGUCCAUUAACAUGUAUCGAGAUCUCGGCUAUUACUGGUUACGCCUUGCCAUAUAUGUUGGAUUGGCUAUAAGUUUAGCCACUAUUUUCUAUGAUCUGGGUACAAGUCAUCGCUCAAUUCAGGAUAGAGGUUCAUUUCUUAUGUUUGUAUCUUCAUUCAUCACUUUCAUGACCAUUGGCGGAUUUCCUUCCUUUGUGGAGGAUAUGAAGGUGUUUGAACGUGAGAGACUAAAUGGACAUUACAGUGUGACUGCAUAUGUAAUUGGGAACACCUUUUCAUCAAUCCCAUUCUUGUUGUUGGUUUCCCUGAUUCCUGGAUCCAUAGCCUAUUACCUUCCUGGUCUUCAGAAAGGGUUUGAACACUUUGUAUACUUCAUAUGUGCUCUCUUUUCUUGUCUGAUGUUGGUAGAGAGCCUUAUGAUGAUAGUUGCAAGCAUUGUCCCCAACUUUCUCAUGGGCAUCAUAACUGGAGCUGGAAUUCAAGGAAUGAUGAUUUUAAGUGGUGGGUUCUUCAGAUUACCAAGCGAUCUUCCAAAGCCAUUUUGGAAAUACCCAAUGUUCUAUUUUGCCUUCCAUAGAUAUGCCUACCAAGGACUGUUCAAAAACGAGUUUGAAGGACUGAGAUUCGCUUCAGAUAAUGGCGAAGGUGGCUCCUACAUCACUGGCGAAGACAUUUUAACAAACACAUGGCAAGUAAACAUGAGUUACUCAAAGUGGGUUGAUCUUGCAAUCUUGCUGGGGAUGAUUUUUCUGUAUCGGGUCCUCUUCUUGGUUAACAUCAAAACUACUGAGAAGCUGAAACCGAUCAUUGUAUCAUUCUUGUCGUCAAGAACUUCUACCAAGCGAACAACGUCGAUCAUGCAGAAUCCCAAUGCCACUCCUCUUCAAGAAGUUCAUGUUAUCUAAAGUUAACGAACUAGGUUCAAGAUUUGGAUGAGAAAUAAUUUUCACAUUCGCAUAGAUAUGUGAAAUAUCAAGAUAUAAUAAAUAGAAUUUCGUGCUCCAACCAAAGUAGAGAACAACUCCAUUUUUGUAUGACUAGUGAUCUUCAUGUUUCUGCUCCUGAAAGUUAGCGCCUCAGUGAUGUUCACAAUUUUAACAUUGUAAAAGAAAUAUAUGUUUCGUAAACCAAAAAAUGGAAUUUUAUAUUUUCCUAUUCGAAAA